CUCUCCCUUGCUUCAAACCCUCGCACCCGUCCAGCAGCAUGCAUGUCUCUGUUUCUCAUCACACCAGACUGCUUCCCUACCAACUCAAAUCAAUGACAUCUUCUUUUUUGGCCUGCGUACUAGUGAAGAAGCCAUGGAAAAGAAAGAGUGGGAGCGAACCUGACCUGAAUCAAACCCACGCAUCCAUCCCAUCCGUCCACCUUGACAGACAAUCCUGCUGCAAAUACUGUACUCGCUAAUGAGCUGACGAUCCCUCCUCUUCUAACUGCUCCGUAGCCCCAGCUCAAUUAUUCUCAGCUCCACUCUGCAUGGCCCCAGCCGUUGUCGCGACAUGCUUGCACUUGCACCAUACAAGUACAGCACCAUUGCGAAAGAAAAUCCUCGAGAAAUUUUAGCGGGUUGUGCGGCGAGCACGCAACCUCCAAUGACAUGGGCCAGGACUGCAAGACUGGAACCACAACCAAGCAGGCGAAAAAGACAAAAAACGCCUCCAAUAAGCAGCAUCGGAACCACACACUCAAUUCCGUCCGUGCCAUUACGAGUCCGAGUCUUCAAUUACGAGGCUCGUACAGCACUUGUCCCCCCUCCGCCUAGGACAUACAUAGGGCAGACGGAAAGUUUUCUGAAUUCAUGUUACCUCGCG